AAGAUAACCCCUAUGAGCAGGAGGAUAAUGGCCCAGAUACAAGAAAGAAACUUAUCCGAAUUAAAUGAAAAUGGAUGUUUAAGAGGAGGCUCAGAAAAAAAUGUAACUUCCUCUGAUUCUGAAUCUGAUCAUGUGCUAUCCUGGUCUGAUAAGAUGGAUUUAGGUAAAAAUGAAGAACAGGAAGGUCUGGAUGAAGAAGAAAAUGUUGAAAAAAAGUAUGGAGAAAUUGACUUCUAUAAUAUUUUCUUGCCUACCAUCUGGGAACGUGACGCGAUAUUUACUAGCAAUGUGAAGAAGGAGGAGAUAAACGACCUGAUGAAUGAUAUGGACGAGGUACCAUCACAGGAUGAAAUUAUAAAAAUAUGGAAGCGGGCAUAUGCUCUGGAGGGACAAGAAUAUUACAAAAUGAUAAAUGGUUUAUUCGAAUAUUACGAAGAGUUAAAGGAAAAAAAUCAAGUAGAUGAAGAACCUCUUUUCAGUCUUUGGAGUGGAGUUAUGUCCAAAUGUUUUGAUGUACUAAAAGAGAAAGAACACCAAUACAGUAAACUUUUCAACGGCUUCAUCAUCGGAGAUGGGAUGACAAAACAGGAAUUUGCUAAUUUCUUGCAAAAUUGCAACAGGGAGGCUGCUGAAUUCAAGGAAUCUUUAGAAACCAUUGCGAAGAAAGAAUUCGAAGCAAGAAUAAUUCCAGUAGGAGGCAACUAA